AUGGCGCCCGAAAAGAAACAAAUCAUCCUCAAUGCCUUCGUAAUGAACACCCCCGCGCACAUGGCCCCGGGCCAAUGGCGGCACCCGCGCAACAAAACCGCCAACUACACAAAGUUAUCCUUCUGGACGGAUCUCGCGCGCCUCCUCGACGACGCAGGCUUCCACGCAAUGUUCAUCGCCGACACACUGGGUCCCUACGACGUCUACAAGGGUCCCGCGAACGUCGUCCCCGCACUGGCCUCGGGCGCACAGUACCCCGUCAACGACCCAAUGUACCUCGUACCCAGCAUGGCGAGUGUGACGAAGAAUUUGAUCUUUGGGGUUACGGCGAGCACGACGUAUGAAGCGCCGUAUGCGACUGCUCGACGGCUCACGACGAUCGACCAUCUGGCUGAGGGCCGGAUCGCCUGGAAUAUCGUGACGAGCUACCUCGACUCGGCGGCGCGCAACUUCGGACUGGACGAGCAGGUCCCGCACGAUGAGCGGUACGCGCGCGCACACGAGUACAUGGACGUGCUGUACAAGCUGUGGGAGGGGUCCUUCCGCGACGACGCGGUCGUCAAAGACGAGGAAACGGGCGUGUACAUCGCCCCCGACGCGGUGCGGCAGAUCCACCACGAGGGGAAGUACUUCAAGGUGCCCGGCCCGCACUUCUGCGAGCCGUCGCCGCAGCGCACGCCGUUCCUGUUCCAGGCGGGGAUUUCCGAGGCGGGGAAUGGGUUUGGGGGGAAGCAUGGGGAGGCGAUUUUUAUUGCGGGGCAGACGCCGGAGCAGUGCAAGAGUGUUGUGGAGAAUAUUCGCAAGGUCGCGGAGAGUGAGGGGAGGGAUCCGGCGCAUAUCAAGGUGAUUGUGGGGAUUACGGUUAUUGUUGCGGCGACGGAUGAGGAGGCGUUUGCGAAGCGGGAGGAGUUUUUGAAGUAUGCGGAUGAGGAGGGGGUGCAGGCGCUCUUUGGUGGGUGGACGGGGAUCGAUCUGUCGAAGUUCCCCGACGACGAGGACUUUCGGUUCGGAGAAGCCACGCGCGUACAGAGCAUCGUGAAGCGGUGGGCCGCCACGGUCCCUGGAACAGAUAACCUCCCCUGGACGAAGCGACGGAUUGUCGAGUUCCUUUCCGUCGGCGGGAUCCAGACGAAGCUGAUUGGGAGUGGGAAGACGGUUGCGGAUGAGCUAGAGCGGUGGGUGGAGAUUUCUGGUGUGGACGGGUUCAACCUGGCGCACAUUACGAAUCCGGGGAGUUUCGAGGAUGUCAUAGAGUUCCUGCUGCCGGAGUUGCGGUCCAGGGGGUUAUAUCGCGCUGCCCCGGUCAAGGAGGGGGCUACAGCGAGAGAAGUGUUUUUGGGGACGAAUCGACUGCCGGAGGAUCAUCCGGGGAGCAAGUACAAGUGGCGGGCUGGGGAGAAGGUGCCCAAGUACCAGCAGGAGCAGGUUGAGAACUAA